GCGUGACCCCUGCCCGGCCGAGCGGGCUAGGCCUAGGGGCGUUCGGCGAGGGGCGAGCCGCGUUUGUCCCGGAUCCGGAUUGAGUCUGAGAUGUGUUUUAUUUUAUAGUUAUGACAAAUCUAGAGAUUGGUUUGAGCUGAAUCGUGGGAGGGUAUGUUAGAUAAGUUAUAUUGCAGAAUUACAGUAAAUGAUCACACGCAGUCAUCAGAGAUUUCAUCCUCAAGUAGCUCAAGUGACACCGACUCUAAUUCUCCUUGCCCCGUGGAGAACCUCCCCAAGUUAGACCACCCAACAGACAAGACUCCAGAGCUUCAAUCCUUGGACGUUGCUAGCACACAAACCGUCCAAGACAAAGGAGCCCUCUGUAAAGGGAGCUCUCUUAGCCCCGACAGAGGGAAUUCCCCUACCCCUUGCAGUAACGCAACUAAAGCUUGCGAGUCAUCACCCAACGACUCAUCGAAAGUUCCAGCGCCAGCUCCAUCAGAGUCAGAAACUCCCUCUGCGGAGGAACCCACAGAUCCAGUUCCCGAAGCUCGAGAGUCGAAGGAUUCACCGUCUGGUGAGAAAAUGGUGCAGGGACAGGCCACAGCCCACUUUGGGAGGAGGACCGUUACAUCAGAGGAUGUGGCAAAGUACUUUGCCAUGCCCUCUGUGAAUAACAUGAAGGUGACUCUCGGCCUUGGUGGCACUUUCAGCCUGGGAGGCUCACCAGUCUUGUCCAAGAAGGGGAAUGCCUUUGAAAGGGAUUAUAGCUGCGAGAAUCACAAUACACCCUCUGACAACUCAGACGAUGAAGACGUUGAGAUCGUAGAUGAAUCGGACCAAGCAGACUGGAGCUUCGAUGAAGAGGAUGAUGGUGUGAAGCCGGGAAAGCAGUGUCCUUGUGUCUUCAAGUCUCCUGCAGGCAGUGAGAACGGUAACAAGACACCCCUUCAGCGCCAGGACAGCAACCUCGAUUCUCCCGGCCCUUCCUCACCUCUCCUCUCCAAUCCGUUCUUCACCGUGUCGUCCCAUGUCCUGCACUGCCCGGACUGUGAACAAACCUUCAAUUGCCUGGUGGACCUCAACCGCCACCGCCUGAAACACAUCAAGGAGAAAUCCUUCAAGUGCUCCCACUGUGACAAGUCAUUCGCCUUCAGUUUCAACCUGAAGAGCCACGAAAGACAACACACCGGAGAAAAGCCAUACGUCUGCAACAAGUGCGGGCUUUCUUUCGUCCAUGCCUUCAACUUUCACGAACACCAGAGGGCGCAUGACGGCCGCGGCCACUUUGUGUGCAGCGUUUGCCUGAAGUGGUUUAGCCACGAGUCCAAGUUCUUGCUUCACAUCCGAAGACACAGCAGCAUUAAGCCUUUCAAGUGUAACAUGUGCGGGAAGUCGUUCCACCGAGCCGCUGGGCUACGCGCCCAUGAACUCCUGCACUCCGUCCAGAAGGAAGACCAGCAGCUUUUUCCUUGCCAGUUCUGCGAGCGCGCGUUCGUCCGUUUGAGCCAUAAACAGAUGCAUGAAAGAAUCCACAUUGGAGAGAAAGUGUUCCCCUGCCUGCACUGUGGCAAGACCUUCACAGACUUGCCAACGCUGAAAGGACAUGCUUGCACUCAAACAAACGGAAACCAGUUUCAAUGCAACACUUGUAAAGAGGAGUUCCCUUCUCUUCCGCUCCUGGCAUCCCACACAAAAAUCCAUGCAGCUCAGAAGGCAUUAACAUCCAGAAACGUGCAGGUUCUGUCUUCAAAGUUCAACACUUUUAAGCGGAAGGGUCUCCUGGUCGAUGCCAAGAAGCGAUUUCCUUGCAAAGUCUGCAGCAGGGUCUUUUCCACCAAGCGCCUGGUGGACGACCACGGGAAGAUCCAUCAGCGAGAGCACACACCCUACAUGUGUAAGGAGUGCUGUCUGACCUUUACGCAUGCGAACUAUCUCAAGCUUCACAUGACCAUGCAUGCUGACCAGGAGUCCAAGAGCGAGGUCCAGUCUGCUGCAGAGAAAGCUCACCUGAACGGGAACCCCUUGCCCUCGUUGGAUCUGAAAGCCGGAAAUGCUUCUCCCCUCAAUGUGCGAUCAAGGCAAAGUAGUGGAGAGCAGUCGGCUAGCCCCUCUCCCACUUCCAAAUGCUCCCCAAUUCGGAUCAAAGCAGAACCGCAGUGACUUAUGAGCUUCUUGUGCUUGUAAAUGUCUCUGAAUUUUAUAAAUUACUGUAAUUGGUGCAUACAGUACACGUACAGUACGUGUACAUUGGAGAAGGUGUGUGCACAGUGCUGUUUUUAUUUUUAAUUUGUUCAUGACAUUAUUGUCCCAAAAGCGUUGUCAUGUGGAGAUAACUGAAGUAAGUGUGCAGGUGAUGAUAUUUAGUUAUCUCACUUCUUUUGUGAAGGAAGGAAGAAAUAUUUUCAUUCUAAUUACGAUUAUACAAAUUACAAUAACAGUUAGAUUGGGUUUUGAAUGAACUUGUAAUAGUCAUGUGUUGGGGUCUAAAAUCAGCCAGUUACAUUUAUAUGUCCAUUGUACCGGUGAUGUUGUACAUGUAUGUACAUGUACAUUGUAUGUGUAUUUUCGUACUUGAUUGUGCGUUGCAAAUAUGAAAAUUGUAUUAAAACAGUAUUAUUCUUACUUUUAUUCUGACACCUGCAAUGACAUGACAUUUUCUCCUGGGGGGGGGGGGGGGGGAUGAAGUACAUUAACCUGUGCAACAGACACUACAUAGAAUAAUUCUGCUCUUGAUCCAAGCUUGCAUUGCAUUGAACUCUUGUGCUAAGGGCCGAGGUGUAGUUCCCAUAAAUGUACAUAAAGUUCUAAACAUAUGCUUGAAAGUCAAAAUAUGAUGGGAAAAAGCAUUAUUUUAUAUAUUUUUCAAUCCUAAUCUAUUAAUCAAUCCUCUUGGUUUAUGCCUUCACUAUGGCGUAACAAGAGGCAAUAAUGACUCGUUUUGUUCCAUUCAUUUUGCAUCAACUUUUGACGAGGAAUUUCUUAACAUUGUACUUGAUUUUCUUUGUAAUUUUGUAUUUCCACUAAAUGCAUCUAAUAUUUUAUACUGAUUAAAUACAGUACAUGUCUUUUAUAUUCUGUAACACUUAAAGCAACUCGCAACUAAUGACGAGGCUUCAUCG